AUGUUUGAUAAAAUAAUUCCCCGUAGUGAAGACUACGCAAAAUGGUAUACUCAGGUCAUCCGUCAAGCGGAGAUGGCUGACUACGCCCCCGUGCGCGGAUGUAUGGUAAUACGUCCUUACGGCUACGCACUCUGGGAAAACGUCAAAGAACAAUUGGAUACCCGGUUCAAAGAAACGGGACACCAAAACGCCGCCUUCCCGCUCUUCAUUCCGAUGAGUUUCAUUGAAAAAGAGGCGGAACACGUCGAGGGCUUUAAACCAGAACUCGCUGUCGUCACUCACGGCGGCGGGAAAAAACUGGAAGAACCGCUUGUCGUGCGACCAACAUCUGAAACCAUCAUCGGCUACAUGUAUAGCCAGUGGAUCCAGUCUUACCGAGAUCUACCAGUCCUUAUCAAUCAAUGGGCGAACGUAGUCCGCUGGGAAUUGCGUCCUCGUCUUUUUCUAAGGACGAUGGAAUUUUUCUGGCAAGAAGGGCAUACCGCUCACGCAACGCACGAGGAGGCUGAAGAAGAGACUCUUAGUAUCCUGGACCUCUACGCCGAUUUUGCGAUCAAUGAAGCCGCAAUACCCGUCAUCCGUGGACGUAAGAGUGAAAGUGAAAAGUUCCCUGGCGCACUAACCUCCUAUACCAUUGAAGCAAUGAUGGGUGAUAAACGCGCACUCCAAUCUGGCACCUCACACGACUUAGGGCAGAACUUCGCCAAAGCCUUCGAUAUUCAAUAUCUCGAUGCAAACCAGAAACAGCAGCACUGCUGGACAACCAGCUGGGGGGUGAGCACCCGAAUGAUCGGUGCAAUUAUCAUGACACACGGAGACGACCAAGGGUUAGUUCUACCACCAAGACUCGCACCCACUCAACUCGUCAUCGUGCCAAUCGUCCCUAAAAACAACGACAGCGAUAAGCAAGCAGUCAUGCAAGCCGUUGACGGCAUCUGUGAAACCUUGGGCAGUGUUCGCUACCACGUUGACGAUAGACACGAUCACUCACCGGGUUGGCGAUUCAACGAAUGGGAACUCAAAGGCGUGCCGUUACGUAUAGAGAUUGGUCCCCGUGAUUUGAGCAAACAGCAGAUUGUUCUCGCACGACGCGAUAUACCCGGCAAGGAAGGCAAAACGUUUGUGCCGAUUGACAACGCUGCCGAGACGGUGAAGCAGAUGCUUGACACUAUUCAAGCAGAUAUGCUCAAACGGGCAAUAGACUUCCGCGAUACGAAUACCUUUAAACCUACUACCUACGACGCGUUUAAAGAGGUUAUCGAAAAUGGAUUCGCACACGCACGCUGGUGCGGCGAUGCAGCCUGUGAAGAGCAAGUAAGAGAAGAAACACAGGCGACUAUCCGAUGCCUCCCGAUGGAUCAACCCGGUGGAGAUGGCAUCACGGGUCGUUCUGGACGUUUUCACACGGAGCAGUGUGCGGCUUACGGCACCCAGAUCGUUGCGGGUGCUGUCCCCGGCAGAGGUGGGUCCGAUGUAAAUGGCAUCCCUGUGUAUGACACUGUGGCAGAGGGGAUUGCAGCAACAGGAGCGGAUACCUCGUUGAUUUUCGUCCCCGCACGUUUCAAUGCGGCAGACUCUGUUAUGGAAGCGGCAGAAGCAGGAGUCGAACUGAUUGUCUGCAUCUCUGAACAUAUUCCUGUUCUCGACAUGGUCAAAGCGAAGGCGUUCCUUCAAGGAAAAUCGACCCGAUUAAUCGGACCGAACUGUCCUGGUGUCAUCACACCCGGUGAAUGCAAAAUCGGCGUUAUGCCCGAGUUUGCCUAUACACCCGGUAACGUCGGUAUCGUCUCCCGAAGUGGAACCUUAACCUACGAAGCUGCAUAUCAACUGAAGCGACUCGGUAUUGGGCAGUCCACCUGUGUCGGCAUCGGUGGCGACCCGGUGAUUGGGGACAAACUUUGUUGA